AUGUUGAUGAACAAGGAUGAGACGCAGCGAGAGAGUGAUGUAGUAAACGUGCGCAGCACCCUUCCGCCAGUUAAAAACACUGAUCACAGCCCUGCAUUCCCACUGCGCACUCUGUCUGCUGAAGAGGCUGGCACUCACCCUCUGAAGGCCAUUUCAAAAGCUCCCUCAGUAGGGAGCAGGUCUGUGGCUGAGAGAGAAAGAGCCAGGCUGGGAUUUCCUGACUGUGUGUACUCUCACGCAGCCCACGUCUUCCAAACGGCCCACGUGGAGAAGCCGCUCGCUCACAGAGUCAUCAAGUACUCCCCCACUGCUCACACCCACACUGAGGAUGAGAUUUAUGGAGACUAUUCCAAUGCAAAGCAGAACGAGCUGUGGGCAUAUGAGCUGGCAUUCAGUGCCCUAAAAUUCCAGGAGCUGCUAGAAGACAUGCUGAUUGACAGCUGCUUCUACCCAUCUCAGCAAACGCCAGAUGACCUCACGUCCCUCGUGGUGGUCAUGCUAUACGACCUCCAGGACAGGAAGUUCCAGCCCAGAGAGCCACUGACUGGAGAAGGGGAGGGGCCUAUAGAGGAAGUGAGACGGGUGGAGAACAGCCUUUUCAGUUUCAGGACUAAGCUUGCAGCUUCGUUGGCUCGAUGUAGAAUCAAGCAAAACCUGCUGUCUAUCGAUGACAUCUUGCCGAAGAGUGUGAGAGAAAAACACCAGAGAAAACAUAAACUACCACUGUGUGCCUGGGUCAACACACUUAAGACCAGUAUGGAGGAAGUGUGUGAGACCCUGAGAGCAGCAGGCUUCUUCGAGGUGGACCCUCAAAGUCGUCUGAAGGGAAAAGCAUUCUGUAAAGACCUGCACUGUCCCGACGUACUGCUGUUUUCCCAGCAGGCUCGACAACAGCUGGACGAGACUUUACUGAUGACAGAGCAUGCUCUCAUAAUACAGGCUAAGGUCCGCAGUCUGGCUGUGAGUGCGGUCCGCCCCCUGUUGGCGAAAGAUACUGAUAUUCUGAUGGUGGGGUCCUUCUCUGCUCAAACUGUAGCACAUGUAGCGGUCCUCGCUUCUGCCUGUGAUGUUCGUGUCCACAUCUGUGGGCUUCCUGCUGAUCCCGCCCACAGGGAGGGGCUACAAUCUACAAUCUCCACCAUUGGCUGCAAAAAUGUGCAGUUUCUCUCAGAUGAGUUUGCUGAGCUGAAUGAAUGGGACUCACGCAUUCAGACGGUUCGGGUCAUUCUACUGCUGCCGCGAUGUACAGCGUCUGGGCUUAGCAACCCUGUAGAACACAUCCUGCAUGAGGACGGAGACAGGGAACUGCUGCAGGAUCUGUCUAAGGGCACCAUCUCGGACACCAAACUGGACUCACUGGUUUCUAAACAGAUGCAAGACCUUAGUCAUGCACUAACAUUUCCCAAGGUGCAUGCUGUGGUCUACUGCACAUGCUCAGUGUACGCAGAAGAAAAUGAAUCAUUGGUGAAGAGAGCACUUGAGAAGGCAAUCAUUAGGCCAAAGCUACGGCCAUUCAGGAUAGUGUCUACAGGAUGGAGGGAGGAGGCAGAGGAGAAGUUCUUCAGACUGGAGGAGUCGGACUCCACUGACGGCUGCUUCAUCUGUGUGCUGAAGCGAGAUCAGGAACCAGCAGAACCAGAAACCGUGCAGGACAUAUUGGCGCGUGCAGCGGCCAAAGGGCUACUGGGUGACCUGAUAGCCCCACAACCUUCCGACCAAGUCAAGCGAAAAAAGAGAGAGAGACGAAAAGGAGCAGCAGUGCCUCUUCCUCCCCUCUACCCCCUUCCACCUGCCAUUGCAGUCACCACUGGACUUCUAAAUGACCUCAGUGUCCCUGACAGAGUGUAUGAACAGUCACCUAUGGCUACUGCUGUCCACAUCAGAACUGGCAUCCUCUUCCACUUCCUCGUCCACUGGUUCUUAUCUCUCCAGCGGGCUCUUGCUGCCCACCAGCCGUUCUGA